AGAAGAGGACACGAGGACAGAACAGCAGCUGCUGAAGACAUGAAAACGUGUAUUUAAUCGAGUCCAAAAUCUGGUGAAUUAGUGAAUCCAUCAAGACCACUGGAUACUUAGAGCUCAAUGUUUUUUUUUGUUGUUUUUUUUUUUUUUUGUCUUUAGAAUUAUAGCACAGAAAACCAGGGAGAGAAAUAUUCUUACUGCUGCAUGACGUCCUCAGCAGUAAUUUCUUUUGGUCAGAUUUAAGGGACAACAUCAAACCAGGACUCCAAGAUGACAGCUGCCACAAAGCUUCUGGAUGAGAUGUGCCAUCUGACGGCUCAAUCUCUGAUAGCGAUGGACACGUCAGAGCACUUCCAGGUCCUGAAGCUGCUGGGCGAAGGCUCGUAUGGAAAAGUACUGCUGGCUGUGCACAGAAAAAGAGGAACUCCGAUGGCGUUGAAGCUCUUCCCACGGGAAUCCACCUCGCUUUUCUCCUUCCUGAGGGAGUACAACCUCUCUUUGUCGUUCUGCACCCAUCCGUCUCUGACCAGAGCUCUGGGAAUCGCUUACUCCACCCCGUCACAUUACAUCUUCGCUCAGCAAGCCAGUCUCUUUGGUGAUCUCUUUGACGUAAUCACACCAGAGGUAGGGAUGGAGGAGGACUGCUGUCAGCGGGUGGUGUCCCAGCUGUGUGGGGCUCUGUCCCACCUCCACUCCCUUGGGUUUGUCCACAGAGAUGUCAAACCUGAGAAUGUCUUUCUGUGUGACUCUGCGUGUCGAUGGGUCAAACUUGGAGACUUUGGCAUGGUGAAGGCCAGGGGAACCAGAAUCCCAGAGGUCUGGUUUAGUUCCCCUUACUGCACCCCGGAGGCUGAGAUUGCUCGAGGAAACGAGGACAGCUGGAGCAGCACAAACGACGAAAACGGUAACUUUCAGGAGGAUGGGGAUAUGAGGAAAACAAAGAAGCAGAGAGUUUGGGCGUCUGUGGAGCCCAGCACAGACAGCUGGGCUCUGGGCAUCCUCACAUACGCCAUGCUCACCGGCAGCCACCCCUGGGCUGAGACAGCCAGCGACUGCUGCUCAUAUGUAAAGUAUCGAGAUUGGUUUGAGAGUGCAAAAGGUCCUGAUGAUGAACUGGAUGUGUGGGUAGAACCUGAGACGGAGAGCACACAGGGAGCCACUGAUCUGAAUGGAAACAGACAGGAGGACGGUUCACCUGUCGCCCCUCAGUUCGCCUGUUUCACACAGUUGGCCUGCUCCUUCUUCCAGUCGCUUCUCGACCCCAGGCCGCAACUUCGAGGACGACCUGAGGAUGCUCUGAGUUACCUUGGAGACCACUGGAUGAUGGAGAAAGAGAGGAUGAGACAUGAGAAGGAGAAGAAGAAGAACAGUGGGAAGACUGCAAUUAAAUCGGUGAAGGAGAUGGAGGGGAGAGGAGAGCGGUGAGCAAAGAUGGUUAAAGAAGACUAAAGACUGAAAAUGCAGUCAUGCAUUGCACUGUUUUAAAAUGUAGCUAUCUAAAAUCCUGUUUAUAUUCUUGAAUAUGAAUAUCGCAAGCUAUAUUUUUGUAAUUUUUGUAAUUUAAGCAAAUAUUUUGUUUAUUUUUGGGGGGAUGUGUGAAAAAGUUAGUCACUGUAGGAGAUGCCAUAGAAACCAAGUUAAGCAGUCAUGUUACCUUAAUUUUUCACAAUAAACUCUAUAAACUUA